AUGCCACAGCGCCGCGAGUCAUUCCUCUACCGCUCCGACUCCGACUUCGAGAUGUCGCCCAAGUCGAUUUCGAAAACAGCUGGAUCGCCAGCGAGAGAUACCACCGCACUCGUGCUCCAGUCCAUACCGCAGCGACGCGAGUCAUUCCUCUACCGCUCUGACUUCGAGAUGUCGCCCAAGUCGAUGUCGAGUAAUAGCUCUAUGGCCACCACAAUUGAAUUUAGCAUUGAUAAUGCUUGCUGGUCCUCAAUUUCCACGUCGAACAUUGAUUACCGGCGCCCACCGCCAGUUUCCAUUAGCGCCAAAUUUAUCCUCGGGUGGAGUCGCUGGCGCUCGUACGCUGGCCGGGCGGCUGGUGGAGAGAGCGGGACGCCGCGCCGCCGCUGUACGAGCAUCGCUCUCACGGCUCCAUUGAUAGUCCGCGCGGCUCGCCGUCGACACGCUGCCUAUGUCUUGCGGCGCAACGCCGCAGCAUCGCUUCGAAACCUCCCACUGAACGCCAAACCCCGACAAUGUGACAUUACGAAUUCGCCUUCCCGCGGAGUGUUGUUCACUGAGCGCGCACAUCUCAAACUGGCCAGCAGUGUCGAGGUCGUUCACUGAUCCGACAGGUUGGCCCUGGGUCGAACGGCCACAGCACGCGAACAGCUUCUGUACUAAAACGGUGCCAAGGAUGAGGCCUAACGUUUAUGUAAUUUGUUUUUGAAGUGUUUUGACAAUUUUACCGACCGCGUUGUUGUUGUGUACAGUUAGGUAGUAUGUUAUGUUGUUAUACUAUAGCUGUUAAAACGCUAGAUUCUGUAACCACUGUUGUUAUUGAUAAGAGUAUAGAGUGCGAUAAAGUUAUCUGAGUAUAUAGACAUAAUAUAAAGUUCAAUAAAAUAUACAAUAAAGUAUUUUUCUAGUGAAUAUUAAAUCGAUUCGUUCGUGUAGGAUUGUUUGGGAGCAGGUGUGUUAUAAUGUACAAUGUCGAAAAGUUGUGUUGAAAACGCACGUUUGAUAGUUUUAUCGGUGUGUUGAAUGAUGUGGCUUAAGCGUGGAUAAAGCGUUAAGAUGCAGCGGUCGGGGUCUCAGUCGGAGCGGUUAGGCUGCACGCCUGGCGGAGCCUUCAUCGCCAAAAGCUCCGCCUCAGAGCACAGCAUGUCUACCGGCGUGUCCGCGAGCAGUAGCGGCGGCACCCUGCCGAGGACGCUUAGCACAAGCGUACUUCGAAUAAAAAAUAGAUCUACUUUCUGGGAGAAAUUUUGGGAUGAACGCACAAGACGUGAUGC